GGACCUUGCACCCACGCAACCCAACCCACGCACACCAGCCCACGCACCUCUCCUUCGCCACACAACCCACGCAACCUCACCCACCCACUCCAGCCCACGCACCCAAGCCCACGCACCCAAGCCCACGCACCCUAGCCCACGCACCCAAGCCCACGCAUCCCAGCCCACGCAUCCCAGCCCACGCAUCCCAGCCCACGCAUCCCAGCCCACGCAUCCCUGCCCACGCACCUCUCCCACGCAACCUCACCCAUGCAACCUCACCCACGCCUUCCACCCACGCACCUCACCCACGCAACCCAACACACGCCUCCCACGCAACACAACCCACGCAACCCAACCCACGCCGCCCACCCUCGCCGCCCACCCACGCAUCCCAACCCACGCCUCCCACCCACGCAACCUCACCCACGCAACCUCACCCACGCAACCCUACACACGCCUCCCACCCACGCACCCCUAGCCACGCAACCCUACCCACGUAA